AUUUAACUGAAAUGACUGAGAGUAGAGCACUGUCAUCAUAUGAUGGAACUUACAAUAGUUUAAAAGAUGUAUAAAGAAUAGGAUCUUAUGAUUAUGGAAAUGUUUUAUCUAAUUUUAGUAAUCAAAAAUACACAAAUUCAAAACCUAAUCAUCAAAUGAUGGACACAAAAACAUAUUUAGAAUAAUUAGAAUAAAAAUAUUGUAAGAAAACAAAUGGAUACAAUGAUAGUGAUUCUGAUGAUUUUUCAAAUGAUUGUUCUCCUCAUAAAGCAGCUUCAUAAGUCCCAACAAAAUUUUAAAAAAGCAAAAUAUCAGCAAAUAAUAAUUAGAAUUAACCUGAAUUCAGGAUUCCUGUAGACAUAAAUUUAUCAAGAGGUCCUAGUGAAAUAGGAUAAGAUUAUAAGAUUAUAUAAGAUAUGAAUGAAAAAUAUGGUAGUAUAGCUUAAUCAAGAGUUACAAUAGUAGAUCAAGAUGCAAAAAGAAGAUUUUUCGAAUUGGCAUUAGAAUUGAAAAAAGAAUUACCUUAAAAUCAUCCUGGUUAAUAAAUGUUGGUAGCAUAAUUAUAUACAGAAAGUGUAUAGAAAUAAAUAUCAGAAAAAUAUUGGAAAUAAUGGUUAUAAACUAGAUUGAAGAAUUGA